ACCCAGUGGUGCAGUCAUUAAAUAAAAAAAUAUCACGUUUCGUUGAGCGUUUAACCAACAAUAAGAAUCAUCAUGAAGACUUUUAUGAUCCUCCUGACAACAGUCGCCACAUCAUUGGCUUCCCCCAGCUACUUUUACGGUGCUGCACCGGUUGGCCACGACGGCCGAGUAGUGGACACCCCCGAAGUAGCUCACGCUAAGGCCGAGCAUUUGGCGGCCCACGCCAAGGAAGCCUCCAAACAUGCCUACGGUUAUGCCUAUGCACCUGCACUCUCAUACGCCGAACACCACGCGUACGCCUACGCCCCAGUCAUCGCAUACCACGGACCCGCAGCUCCCCUCGGUCACGACGGACGUGUGAUUGAGACCCCCGAGGUAGCCCAGGCCAAGGCCGCUCAUCUCCAAGCUCACGCACAGGAGGCCGCUAAGUCGGGCUACGCACACGCUCACGAUGCUGUUGUGUACCAAUACUCUCCCGUAAACUCCUAUGGUUACCCAUUGGCUGCACCUAUCGGACACGAUGGACGUGUGGUGGAUACUCCUGAAGUGGCUCACGCCAAGGCAGAGCAUCUCGUUGCUCACCACGCCGCUGCUGCGUCUUCUCACCACUGGUGA